GGAGCUCUGGAGAGGAGUCAGUUGCACCUUUCUUCCAGCGCCCCCAGUGUUACACUGUGAUCCCAGUUGGCAUCCCUGGACAUGCUUUUCAUUAUCGUGGACAGUUGAAUCUGCUACCUUCUUUCUAUCACUUGGAUCAGGACGUUCGAUUUUACGCUGUUUGGAAAAUCCCUGGUGAGCCCAACGGCACCUUUGCUGGCUUGCACUGGGGCACUUCCUCAACUGCAUACGGGGCUCUCCUCACACUGAACGACGGUCAGUUUGUUGGAAUCCGCUUUCGUAGAGCUGAGACACUCCCCCAAGCCAGAGAAUUGUUCAGGAGGGAGGCAGAGCGACACCACAUCGAUCCCAGAUUGAGCUCUCGCGUGUUUGGUUGGGAAGAAAUUCAUGGAGAAGAAAGGAGCAGUCGGCUAUAUUUGGCUGAGCAGCUGGGACCCCCCUCAGAUGUGACAACCACUCUGAAGCUGGAGACGGAUCGCAAAGCACUGAUUCGGGCCGGUCAGGAUCUGCUCAGCGCGGACGAGGACCUUGCCUAUGCUACAGCUUCAGAGCCUCCUGCGCCGGCCAAAAGAAAACCUCUCAAGAAGACCGUCGAAUCACCCGACUCGGAGCUAUCCGACAGCCUUCAAGGAGACGGGGUGGACGAUCUGGUCGCCAAGAUGCGGCAGAAUUGGCUAGGCAGUGGUACAGAUGGAGGAGAAGCCAAAGACCAGGAAAGCAAGCGAGACAAAAAGAAGUCCAAGCGAUUUGCACUCAUCGAGAAGACCCGAAAAAAGAGGGACGAGGACGAGGACCAGCUCAAGCAACUAGACAUCGUUCGCAUGCUAGCUGGCACCAAAGAGCCCUUGACGGGUCUCUUGGCAGUACAGCUCGCUCAGAGCCUAGCCAAGAAAGAAAAGAAAAAGAAGAGCAGAAGGCACCAGUCAAGCAGCUCCUCCAACAGCAGGAGCAUCUCGAGCGGCAGCGACUCCUCCAACUCAACAGGUUCCACCCACUCUCGGGGCCGUGGGCACGCCAAGGCGGUGUCAAACCUUCAAGCCACAAAGCGACGAAUGUUCCGCAAGCCCCUGAAGUAUGUCAGACGAUAUGUCAAAGGCAUCGAGCAGGAGCUAGGAGCCCAAGACAAGCCUUUCAGGGUGGUCGACUACACCCGGCGGAUCCCCUUCGGCAAGCAGAGAAAUUUGCAACGUUGCCAUUACCUCUUUGGCAUAGUGCUGGAAAUGCUACUGACGGAAGAUUAUCACCGCGCAGCCCUCCAAACGACGCUUUGUCUCCAAGCUUUGCACCAAGCAGCUCUGGACUCCGACUGGACCGUUGCCUGGCUGUUGACUCACACACCAGACCCUUACGAAAAGAAGCAGUUUGGUGGAGAUCCGAAGAGCCUGCAAGACGUCACUGCAUACAUCCGGAGCGCGCAAGAUCUCUCAAAGAGCGCCGAGGCACUGAAGCGGCGCGCACCUGGGAGGCAAGGCGACGAGCCGGAAGAGGAGAAGCCCAAAGCCAAAGGAAAGGGCAAGGGCAACAAGCACAAAGAUGCCAAGGAGUCGGUCGAGAAGACCGAGAGUUGA